UUCACGGCAGCAGUUUCGCCUGCUGAUAACCUGGGUCCACUCCAUCAGCCGCCUCCCCCACCCCUGGGCCUGAAUCGUCCUCUGGACCUGACACCACACCGGCCGACACAACGGGGUCCACAGGGUCCACAGAUCCACAAUGAUCCAACGAAGUUCGAAUCCAUGGCCGGAGAAGAACGUAUAGACUUCGAUCGUGAAAUUCCCCUCUACAACUACGACAACGAGGAUCUAACGCUUGGCCCCAUGGGACCCAUGAACGUGACGGCGAUAGACGCUGACUUCGACCCAACAUCUGUACCACCAGUUCCAGUCGCUUCAAACCCUAACAUAACCGCUCAAGAUUUCGAAGGUGUUCCUUUAACAUCGGCUUCCAACCGCCCGGCUGUCAUUGCGACAGGGGUUCCCGAUCAGAAUUAUCGAUCAGUUCCGCUAGAUACAAACAAUUAUCCUACAACACGACCGAUUCUCCCACGCGAUCUAGGAGAACAAUCAGAGACACCUGUCGCUUCUCCUAGUAUGGCAAAUCCUAGCGACAGCCCUUUCAAUCGAACGCCUCCUCAGAAAACUCCGUGGGAACGAUCAAUGUCUACCUUCGGCUGCAGAAUAGAGGAUCCCAUUGAGCUGGAACCUACUCUAGCUAUUGCAGAUCCUUUCAGCCGUGUGGCGUCCGGGUUUGGGGAUUUGUCGCCUACGUGUAGCUGGUCUGAGCCUCUGACGUCGGUGCUCGUGCCGUCUGAAGUCAGGUUGAGCAAGAAGGGUGGUGGAGAGGCGCCCAAGGCUGCGGCCGCAGCUGGUGGGAAAGAAGCGGCUCCAAGCAAAGGGCCGCCGAGAGCUGAAGGUGCUGGGGCUACUGGUAGGAUCAUAGCUGUGAUCGGCGCUGUUGUGGAUGUGCAGUUCGAUAAGGGGCUCCCGCUGAUUCUGAACGCUCUUGAAGUACCCGGGAGAACCCCGCGGCUCAUCCUUGAAGUGUCUCAGCACCUGGGCGACAACGCGGUCCGGACCAUCGCCAUGGACGGCACCGAGGGCCUGGUCCGCGGACAAGAGGUCAUUGACACCGGCGCCCCGAUCACCAUUCCCGUGGGCGCCCCUACACUCGGACGGAUUAUUAAUGUCAUUGGAGAACCUAUUGAUGAGCGAGGCCCCAUAGACACGGACGUGUUCGCGCCCAUUCACGCGGACGCCCCGCCCUUCGUCGAGAUGUCAGUCGAACAGGAGAUCCUCGCCACCGGCAUUAAGGUCGUCGAUCUACUCGCGCCAUACGUCAAAGGUGGUAAAAUCGGUCUGUUCGGCGGCGCCGGCGUCGGCAAGACGGUGCUCAUCAUGGAACUCAUCAACAACGUGGCCAAGGCGCAUGGCGGCUUCUCUGUGUUCGCCGGCGUGGGGGAGCGCACUCGAGAGGGCAACGACCUCUACAACGAGAUGAAAGUGGGCGGGGUCAUCAAGGAAGACUACAAGACGUCGAAGGUGGCGCUGGUGUACGGCCAGAUGAACGAGCCGCCCGGCGCACGCGCACGCGUCGCCCUCACCGGACUGACGCUCGCGGAGCACUUCCGCGACAAAGAGGGACAGGACGUGCUGCUGUUCAUAGACAACAUCUUCCGUUUCACUCAGGCCGGCUCCGAGGUAUCGGCGCUUCUGGGCCGUAUUCCGUCUGCUGUGGGCUACCAGCCGACUCUAGCUACCGACAUGGGCACCAUGCAAGAGCGUAUCACCACAACUAAGGCGGGGUCUAUCACCAGCGUGCAGGCUGUAUACGUGCCAGCGGACGACCUGACGGACCCAGCGCCAGCGACCACGUUCGCCCACCUCGACGCCACGACCGUACUGUCGCGCGCCAUCGCCGAGCUGGGCGUGUACCCCGCCGUGGACCCGCUCGACUCCACUUCCCGCGUCAUGGACCCCAACAUCAUCGGCGCCGAGCAUUACGGAGUGGCGCGCGGCGUGCAGAAGAUAUUACAGGACUACAAGUCUCUGCAGGACAUCAUCGCCAUCCUGGGCAUGGACGAGCUGUCGGAAGACGACAAGCUGACUGUGGCGCGCGCGCGCAAGAUCCAGCGGUUCCUGUCCCAGCCCUUCCAGGUGGCCGAGGUAUUCACGGGGCAUAUUGGCAAGCUGGUGAAGUUAGAGGACACGAUCAAGGGAUUUAAGAGCAUCCUGAGGGGAGAGCUCGACCACAUACCGGAGGCAGCUUUCUACAUGGUCGGCACCAUCGAGGACGUGAUCGCCAAGUCGCAGGAGCUCGCCAAGAGCGUCUAGCGGCCGACAGAUGGCGCUGUUUUGUUUAUAUAGUUUGUAAGACUUAGAGCAUUUAAUAACCGGAGUCGCCUUUAAGAGCUUACCCCUCUCCCGAAAACCUUACACAAUAGGCAUAGGAGGAAGGAAGGAUCGUAUAG